UUCGUUGAGACCCCGAACCCCUUCCCUCCCCUGCUCCCAAUCAUCUUCCUCUCUCUCUUUACUCAGCAGUCAGCACCCUUGCUCCUUCUUCCCCUCCCCUCUCAUUCCUUGCCAAAGAACAUCACACCGCAAGCCGCAACAAGCCAUAUGUUGUUGUUGCCUCCUCACGCAUCCAUCCAAGGAGCAAUGUCACCUCGCUAGCAUUCUACCAAAACAAGCAACCCCAGCGCCAGCGGCACCAAGCCCUCCGCUGCGCGCGAGGGCCCGCGCCGGAGCCCGGACGAGGAAGACGACAAUGGCCGCCGCACAGCCGCGCAUCGACAUCACCACCACCACCACCAGCAUUGCCGACGGCCCCGACGGCGGCGCGCUGGCGUUCUCGGUGCUCCACGACCUUGUCGGCGCCGCGUGCUUCCUCGCCUCGCACCCGCUCCACGCCGCCUACGCCCUCUUCUUCUCCCGCUACCUCCUGCGGCUCGCCUCCUUCUUCUGCCCGCUCCUCGUCUCCACGGCGCUCCUCCUGCUCGUGCUCGCCACCGUCGCGCCCUACGCCGCCGCCACGCCGGGGUGGGCCGGGGCGAGGUCAUCCAUGGGCCGGACCUGGGCCAUCGCCGUCGCCGCGCUCUGCGCGGAGCUCCGGCCCGACAGCACCGGCGGCGGGGCCGGCCUGCUGGGCCAGCUCUGCUCCUUCGUUCUCGGCCCGGGAGACGCCGCCGCGGUGCUUCGUUUCGGCGAGAUCAUGGGUGAGUUGUGUCACAGUAGUACUAGCGCUUCUUGUUGCUUUCUGUUGGAGGAAAAUCACAAGGGCUUGCUGCUGCUGUCACCUGGUGAAGAGUGGAACAACCUUGCUGCUGAGCCACCGUUGCAGAGUGCUGCUGCUGGAGAGAAAUACUUGUUGGGCCAUGAGGAUUUUGAUGAGAUCAAGGAUGAAAUCGAGGAGAAGAAUGUAGUUUCUGAGGAUCUCAAAAAGGGCCCUGGCUCUUCUUCAGAGAACCGCUGUCCAAGUGACGAGAGAGAGAAUAACAUCAAGGAACAGAGUUUCAUCCUGCCUGAUGUGGAAGGUGUCGAGGAGAAGGGACUGGAUGGUGAUCCUGUAGUGCCGAUGGAAAUCAAGAAAUGUGGGCUGGUCAAGUCACAUUCUUCGAUUUCUCGGCGAAUCAGACAAUGGGAAGCCGCGACGUCUGGCAAUUUCAGGGGGGUUCUUGAUGUUACUCUCGGGAAUCCGGUGAAACCCACUUUGGAGAAGGGGUCGUUCAAGGAUGUGAAGGGAAGUACGCAGUUGGAGACUGGAUCUUGCAUCAGAAAACGCCAAGAAAUUUCUUCUGUUGAAGAAUCUGUCACAAAACAGCCAGAUCAGGAAUAUAUACAUGUCAAGAAACGGGACCCGAAGACUGAAGCCGACACCGAAAUAUGCAGCAAAGAUGUUCAAGCUGAAGAAAGCGCCUUCAUUGCCGAGCCAGGACUAGAAUUACAAGAACAGAAGCACAAGGGUUCGCAGGAUGGACCAGAAUUACAAGAGCACGAGUACAGACAUGUGCAGCCUGAGCAAGAAUUUCAAGAAGAGAACAAGAAUGACGCGCAACCUGAACAAGAAUCGCAAGAAACGAAACACAAGCCGGCGUCGAUCGCUCGGCGUGUGCAGCACUCAGGGGCCUCGUCGACAACGGAGAAGCCCGUGAGCGAGGAAGGGUCGCCACGCAAGGAGAAGGAAUGGAAGAAGACGCUGGCGUGCAAGCUGUACGAGGAGCGGAUCCAGCUGAAGCUCUGCCGCGGCCGCGCCGCCGCCGCCGGCGGGGAAUGCGGCGACGACAUGGACAUGCUCUGGGAGGCCUACGAGACGGCCGGCGGCGGCAACAGGCAGAGAGAAGAAAUUGUUGUUGAACCGGGAGAUGGGGGUGAGUCGGAGGAGGAAGAUGGGCCGGAUGAAGGCCCAGUGAGGCAGCUGUGCUGCCUGCAGGCUCUCAAGUUCUCCACGAGGAAGAUGAACUUUGGUGGCGGCGGCAAGCCGAGCCUGGCCAAGAUCUCCAAGGUCCUGAAGCGGAUGACCGCGCUGUCCAGGGUCGGAUCCCGGCGUAAAUGAAGGUCAGGUCAGCUAAUUUGUGGAUUAUAAUUCCGCGAGUUGUCGUGGUAAAGGAUUGUUCUUCAGGUGAUGUUGUGGGCCUGUGGCUUUCCAAUUUGUGUAUAGCGUAUAUGAUGCGAGAAUCGACCUGCUGAAUGAAUGUAAUAAAGCUUAAUUGGGUGUGUUCUUCAUUCACGUUUUUUCUCUCUCAGUAAAAAUAUCUAGAUCGUUUGCUGUAA